AUGGCUGAGGAAUUUUUUGAAUCCGAGGUUGUUUUUUCCGACCAGAUUCAAUCUGGAGCUGAAGAAAAGGAGUUGGUGAUGAUGAAGAAGGUGGAAACUGAAGCUGAAGCUGAAGCUGAUCAUCAUCAGGCUUCUGAGAAGAAGAAGAUGGUGGUGAAGUCGAAGCCGAUGAACAUCCCAGAAGGGAUGUUCAAGAGACUCGACAAUGGCUACGAAGAUGAAGAGGAGAUGGUGCCACCGCACGUGAUUAUGGCGCGGAGGCUAGCUGAGAAAAUGACGUAUUCGAUGUGUUAUGGGAAUGGAAGGACUUUGAAGGGAAGAGAUUUGAGCAGAGUUAGGAAUUCGGUUCUUAGGAUGACCGGUUUUAUUGAGGUCUGA